AUGGCUAAGGGCUGGAUGGCUAGUGCUGCGGAGGAGCAAGAACACCCUAGGGAAACUUUGGAGGUGACCUCGGCCAGUGAAGAUUGGGCACCGGGGAUUUCAGGUGACGAUGCGGAAGAAGUGGAUAGACAGCAGCACGACUGGGAAGAGACCCUGCUCCAGCCGGAGCAGACCAUGCCAGCCGAGGAGGAGGAAGUGGAGUACGGCACUCCUGCCCAUUACCGGCGGCUGGAAGGCCGGCUGGAUGAUAUGGAAGGGGACCUGGCCCAAGCUGUCUAUCUAAUAGGCCUGCUGGUGCAGUGUGAGGGCUCCACCCGGCCGGUUUCUCAAGCCCGGGGGGCAGGAGGGGCACACCGUCGAGCUCAGCCACCCCCCGCGCUACCUGCUCCAGGACCCCAGACACCGGUUCAAGCCCAGCCUGGGCCUCAACAACCAGUGCCGCUGCCGGCUACUCAAGUUCCGCAACCACAACAACCGCCACCACCAUCUCUGGCCCUGACCCCGCAACCACUGCCUCAGCAGCUGCCGGUGCAACUUGCGCCAGCCCCGCAGCCUUUGCUGCCGCCAGUGCAACCCGUGCCAGCCCUGCUACCGGUGCCGCCGCUGCCGCCGCCAGUGCUACCCGUGCCAGCCCCGCAGCCUUUGCCACAGUUACCCGUCCCGGGCCCGCUACCGCAACCUCCAGCAGGGCAACUAGGGCCUCCAAGGAGACCGGCUAGACCAGGCAGGCAGGCGCCGGGAGGACCAGCGAGACCAGCGCAUAGACCUCAGCAGAUCCCAGGUCGAGUGCCGGCUCCCCUCCGACCACAGCUGCAACAGCCACCGCAGUUCGGCCCUCCGCCGCUAGCCCAGGGACGUCAAGGUGGAGCGGAAUUACCUAUGGGGUGGAUUAAAUUGGAGGCAACCUUUGACGGAGAUACCCACAAACUGGGAUUUUUUGUGGUACAAGCCCUCCAGGUUUUCAAUCGGUGGGGCUAUCUGUUCCUGGACGAGGAGAGCCGGGUCACCCAUUUAGCGUCCCGACUAGAAGGCAGAGCAGCAGAAUGGUACGUGACUCUGUAUUACUCGGGGGCUCCGGAACUGAACACUUUACAGGACUUUAUUGCCACACUUAGAGCCAAAUAUGAAGACCCCUUGGAGGAGGAGAGAACACGUACCGAGCUACAAACCCUCAGACAAGGAUCUCAACCCGUGAGAGAGUAUGCAGCCAAGUUUCGGCAACUUGCAGCUAAGUGCCCCCAUUGUGAGGAAGGGACAAAAAUAGUGAUGUUCCGCAAUGGAAUGAAUCCCAGGUUGCUCAAUCCAGCUUUAAUGCAAGAUGAUCCCCCGACUCUGAUGGGAUGGAUACAACUAGCGUGUGAGGUGGAAAACCGUACCCAAGUAGUCCGCCUUGUGGAGCAGCAGCAGGCAAUGGGCUAUAGAAGACCACCGCCCGUAGCGAGAGGGGCUCAUGGAGUGCCACCGGUUAGGGGAGCUCGAGAAACCCGAUGGAGGCAGGACCUUUGUUUGCAGUGUGGGAACAGCGGGCAUUUCGCGGCAGAGUGCCCUUUUUGA